AUGGCUGCGCCGCCAAAAGUAGAGCUCUGCAGAGGAGUUUGCUGCGCGCACACAAAGGGCGAGGGGGAGGCGCCGCCCGGAGCGGACCCCAAGGGGCAGCGGAGACCCCAGAGGCCAGCUCUUUCUGGUCCAGAGCCAAGCGCCGCGGCGGCCCUUGCGGUGGGCGGGGAGGAGGGAGCCUGUCCUUUUGGAGGCGGCUGCGCAGCGAGCAGUCAGGGCGCUCGUGGGAAACGCUCGCGGGAGAGUUGGGGAGGAAUUGAGACUGGGAGCAGAGUGAGAAGAAGAAUGGAGCAGAAAGUGCUUGGCGGGCGGGUUCCCCGAAGUCUGAGGAGUUGAUGCAUAGCCCGGGUGCGCGGACUCCAGGACGUGCGCCUUUGCAGAAGGAGUCCGUGCCCCGCUGCCGCCUGCUCUGGGCAGCGCCCGUCGGGCAGCGGGUGCUGGCCGCCUUGGCCGGGAGGGUGACACACGCCCGGCGGUGAUGUUCGAGGAGCUCGCCCGGGUUCGACACCCGGGUCCCACCCGCCGGCGCGCGGCCGCGGCUCUGCCGGUCGCUCCCCGCCAGGGGGCGGCGCAGCGCGGGGCGAGCGGGAGGCGACGGGCGGCGGCGGGGAGGCCGGGGCCGUGAGGGAGCUGGCUCCGAGUCGCCGACCUCACCUCACCUCACCUGGGCACGCUGUUGCCCCUACGGAGCCUCCUGGAGUCCAGGAUCGGCGAAGUUCGAAAACGAACUUACCACGUUUGCUAUGUUGCCCUUUGGAGACAAAACGAGAGAAAUGGUCAAUGCUUGGUUUGCUGAGAGAGUUCACACCAUCCCUGUGUGCAAGGAAGGUAUCAGAGGCCACACGGAAUCUUGCUCUUGUCCCUUGCAGCAGAGCCCUCGUGCAGAUAACAGUGCCCCUGGAACACCAACGAGGAAAAUCUCUGCCUCUGAAUUUGACCGGCCUCUUAGACCCAUUGUUGUCAAGGAUUCUGAGGGAACUGUGAGCUUCCUCUCUGACUCAGAAAAGAAGGAACAGAUGCCUCUAACCCCUCCAAGGUUUGAUCAUGAUGAAGGGGACCAGUGCUCAAGACUCUUGGAAUUAGUGAAGGAUAUUUCUAGCCAUUUGGAUGUCACAGCCUUAUGUCACAAAAUUUUCUUACAUAUCCAUGGACUCAUCUCCGCUGACCGCUAUUCCCUGUUCCUUGUCUGUGAAGACAGCUCCAACGACAAGUUUCUUAUCAGCCGCCUCUUUGAUGUUGCUGAAGGUUCAACACUGGAAGAAGCUUCAAAUAACUGUAUCCGCUUAGAAUGGAACAAAGGCAUUGUGGGACAUGUGGCAGCACUUGGUGAGCCCUUGAACAUCAAAGAUGCAUAUGAGGAUCCUCGGUUCAAUGCAGAAGUUGACCAAAUUACAGGCUACAAGACACAAAGCAUUCUUUGUAUGCCAAUUAAGAAUCAUAGGGAAGAGGUUGUUGGUGUAGCCCAGGCCAUCAACAAGAAAUCAGGAAACGGUGGGACAUUUACUGAAAAAGAUGAAAAGGACUUUGCUGCUUAUUUGGCAUUUUGUGGUAUUGUUCUUCAUAAUGCUCAGCUCUAUGAGACUUCACUGCUGGAGAACAAGAGAAAUCAGGUGCUGCUUGACCUUGCUAGUUUAAUUUUUGAAGAACAACAAUCAUUAGAAGUAAUUCUGAAGAAAAUAGCUGCCACUAUUAUCUCUUUUAUGCAAGUGCAGAAAUGCACCAUUUUCAUAGUGGAUGAAGAUUGCUCCGAUUCUUUUUCUAGUGUGUUUCACAUGGAGUGUGAGGAAUUAGAAAAAUCAUCUGAUAUGUUAACAAGGGAACAUGAUGCAAACAAAAUCAAUUACAUGUAUGCUCAGUAUGUCAAAAAUACUAUGGAACCACUUAAUAUCCCAGAUGUCAGUAAGGAUAAAAGAUUUCCCUGGACAACUGAAAAUACAGGAACUGUAAGCCAGCAGUGCAUUAGAAGUUUGCUUUGUACACCUAUAAAAAAUGGAAAGAAGAAUAAAGUUAUAGGGGUUUGCCAACUUGUUAAUAAGAUGGAGGAGAAUACUGGCAAGGUUAAGCCUUUCAACCGAAAUGACGAACAGUUUCUGGAAGCUUUUGUCAUCUUUUGUGGCUUGGGGAUCCAGAACACGCAGAUGUAUGAAGCAGUGGAGAGAGCCAUGGCCAAGCAAAUGGUCACAUUGGAGGUUCUGUCGUAUCAUGCUUCAGCAGCAGAGGAAGAAACAAGAGAGCUACAGUCGUUAGCGGCUGCUGUGGUGCCAUCUGCCCAGACCCUUAAAAUUACUGACUUCAGCUUCAGUGACUUUGAGCUGUCUGAUCUGGAAACAGCACUGUGUACAAUUAGGAUGUUUACUGACCUCAACCUUGUGCAGAACUUCCAGAUGAAACAUGAGGUUCUUUGCAGAUGGAUUUUAAGUGUUAAGAAGAAUUAUCGGAAGAAUGUUGCCUAUCAUAAUUGGAGACAUGCCUUUAAUACAGCUCAGUGCAUGUUUGCUGCUCUAAAAGCAGGCAAAAUUCAGAACAAGCUGACUGACCUGGAGAUACUUGCACUGCUGAUUGCUGCACUAAGCCAUGAUUUAGAUCACCGUGGUGUGAAUAACUCUUACAUACAGCGAAGUGAACAUCCACUUGCCCAGCUCUACUGCCAUUCAAUCAUGGAGCACCAUCAUUUUGACCAGUGCCUGAUGAUUCUUAAUAGUCCAGGCAAUCAGAUUCUGAGUGGCCUCUCCAUUGAAGAAUAUAAGACCACAUUGAAAAUAAUCAAGCAAGCUAUUUUAGCUACAGACCUAGCACUGUACAUUAAGAGGCGAGGAGAAUUUUUUGAACUUAUAAGAAAAAAUCAAUUCAAUUUGGAAGAUCCUCAUCAAAAGGAGUUGUUUUUAGCAAUGCUGAUGACAGCAUGUGAUCUUUCUGCAAUUACAAAACCCUGGCCUAUUCAACAACGGAUAGCAGAACUUGUAGCAAGUGAAUUUUUUGAUCAAGGAGACAGAGAGAGAAAAGAACUCAACAUAGAACCCACUGAUCUAAUGAACAGGGAGAAGAAAAACAAAAUCCCAAGUAUGCAAGUUGGGUUCAUAGACGCCAUCUGCUUGCAACUGUAUGAGGCACUGACCCACGUGUCAGAGGAUUGUUUCCCUUUGCUAGAUGGCUGCAGAAAGAACAGGCAGAAAUGGCAGGCCCUUGCAGAACAGCAGGAGAAGAUGCUGAUUAAUGGGGAAAGCGGCCAGGCCAAGCAGAACUGAGUGGCCUAUUUCAUGCAGAGUUGAAGUUUACAGAGACGGUGUGUUCUGCAAUAUGCCUAGUUUCUUACACACUGUCUGUAUAGUGUCUGUAUUUGGUAUAUACUUUGCCACUGCUGUAUUUUUAUUUUUGCACAACUUUUGAGAGUAUAGCAUGAAUGUUUUUAGAGGACUAUUACAUAUUUUUUGUAUAUUUGUUUUAUGCUACUGAACUGAAAGAAUCAACAACAUCCACUGUUAGCACAUUGAUAAAAGCAUUGAUUGUGAUAUUUCGUGUACUGCGAAGUGUAAGCAGUAUUCUUGCACUGAGGUUUUUUUGCUUGGGGACUAUUUUAAAUAAUUGGGUUUUGUGUUUUCUGAAUUACCAUUUUUUCAAGACUGUUUGGAAUCUUUCCUUUUUCAAAAGUAGGUUAGGAGCAAAUUAACAUACAUUCUGUGACAUUUAAAGGCUUUACAGGAUAGUGAAAAAUGGUGGCUGAGUGGAUUUUAAGGAGGAAUAAUUGUAUUUGUCAACAAUGUCUUUUUUAAAAAGUUAAGGCACGCUGAAACAAAUGGAAAGUACUAUGAAACUGUAUUGUAAAGAAAACAUUAUUUAAUUGACUUGCUGUUUUGUGAGAGAACAGACCAGAGAGAACUUUGUCAUUUCGGUGCAGUACAUUUUUCUAAAGGCUACCCAUAAAAUCACUUUGAUCUCACCUACUUGAUGCAAAGCAGGUGAAACCUUAGGAGAUGAUCCAGUCACUGACUUGAUUGAGGGAUAAGUGUGAUCUAGAAAUGGAAUGGCCUUGGAUGUCUGUCAGUGAAGAAAAUGUUCUGUUAGAAGAUCCGAGAGUUUUUUUUUUUUUUUCCCUUCUGGGCUUUCUUUUCAAAAUAAAAGUGACAAUUGGAGCAUUGACCUGAAGUGAGACGUGACUAUAGAUAAGAGAGUACAAAAUGACUCUUUUUCCUGUCAAUUGAAAUUUAAAGAAAAGUUUUAAUUAUAUAAAUAACAAAGGGCUAUUGCCAAUACUAGGGUCAAAAAUGAAUUUGAGGAACAGUGGGUAAGAAACUUUAUGCCUGAAUAACAUUUAGCAGUAUUGUGAGUGAAAAAUUGCCAUAUUUUGAUGUACAGGACAAGUCAACUGAGAUCCAGAGAAUUCUGGAUGUGAAUGCUAAACACUGGCCCUUAAUUCAUAUUCAAUGGUAUUUUCUUCCCAUAACAUUUAGUAUAGUUAACAUUUUCUUAGAAUUUGCGCCCAUUUAAGUAGAUUAAUAUUCUACAUGUGUGCCCCUAAAUACACAUUUAUUCAAUAUUGGAGAAAUAGAUAACGAAUUAAGCAACUGGUCUAGGAAGGGAAAAUUUAUUUCAAAUAUGCAGGAAUGUUUGGAUUUGGGCAGAGUAGAAAAGAGAGAUUUGCUUGAUUUGUUAAUUUCUACCUGCAACCCACAAGAAAAGAUAUUUGUUCUGAGUUUCUAUCAUUAAUUUGGAUAGAAAAUUUCUUAAGGACAUGGUAAUGCAGCAUUCUCAAGGACCUUUCGCCAAAAUGUGUUUUCCAUCUGUGUCCCAAUUCCCCUAAAUUUUGCCUAAAAUUCAAUAUAUUCCUUAAGUUUUUAAAAUUCUGAGUGUGUAUAUAUAUCUUGACAUAAUGCGGUUUUAUUUUUAUCAUUCUGGUUAAAAAAAAACACAAAAAAUAGAAGCAAACCCCAUUGUAUUGCCGUUAUUUUGUAUUUGGUAAAGGUUAAUCUAGGAAGUUACCAACUGUUUAAUGCUAUAUGUAUUGUAUACUUGUAUUUUCAGGAUAUUUUAUUUUUUUGCCAUACACAUAAAAUUUGUAAAGUUGCCCCUUGGUGGCACUGGUAUGUAAAAUACACAGACUAUCACUAAAAUAAUAGCUAUAUCUACAUACAGGUGUAUACUUAUGCAUGCAUACAUAAAUCCUUAGUAUAGAAAAAUUGCUUAAAGAAUAGCAAUCUUUAAUAAACCUUUUUAUUACAUUGUGAUUUAGCAGUUAUGCUAAAAUAUGUACUUAUACUUUAGUAGUUUAUUUGGUCCCCUGUAGUAUGUGUCACUGAGAAAUUUUUUAAAGACAUAGUAGAUCGUGUUUAGAGGCUUUGUAUGUGUGUCAUUUUAAUAAGCAAGAAGAUAUAUUUAGAUUAGAAAUGGUUUGGUCUGCCUUUGAAUAAUGUUUAUUUUACUUUACGAGUUUAGACAUUAAAAGAAGCUGGGCAAUGCCUAUUUUAUUUUAUUGUUGGAUAUUUCAGUUCAUACAACGAAGAAUACUUCUUUAGGGCUGGUUAAUUGGUUCAAAUAAUUUUUAAUUUCCUUUCCAGUAUCUUCUCAAGUUGGAAAAAUAUACAUAUAGUCCUCCUUCACCUUACUCUAUAUUUACAUUACCCAUAACUAGCAAGAAGUACUUGUUCUAGAUUUUUUGUUUGUUUAGUUAUAAGGGAGUAACAUGAUACCAUUUAAUUUCAAUUUUUAGCCAGAAAAGACCCCACUAUUUUACUAACUUGUUAAAAGAUAUCUAUGUAAUUGCCUGGCCUUAUGUUUUUCAGUAGAUUAGACUGUGCCAAUCACAAUCCUGGGAGGAUUUAUGUAAGUCACUUAACCUCUGUGUGCCUAAACAAGUUAUGCUUUUUUUAAAGGAGUUAUGUUUGGGCAAAGCCUUUGUCUUCAAGCAAAAUGUCACAGAAGGCAGCUACUUUAUAAGCCCAAUGGGCGGUGGCGACCACUGUCAGAAAUGGGAUAUUAGUGUAGAGAGAAGGUGAUCUAUUCCCAUGUGUCAUUUCUAAUGUUGAGUUUCCAAGACUGAACAAAGAGAAUAUAUUUAUUCAGCUUCACUUGCAGAUCACUAGUGAAUGUGAGAUUUAGAGCUCACUGAGUACAUUGCUUCAAGGUACAAACCCAGGAUGAUGAUGUUGUCAUCACUGUCUCUUAAUUUUGAAGAAUAGUUUCAUUUAAUAGGAGUAUUAGAGAUAAGAAAGUAUAUGAAAAUAUACUGGAAAUAUUGGAUUCUUGGAGAAAACUGUUCAGUCACAGAUAUAUUCUUGCCUAGCAGUGAAGUGCCUUUAUUUUCAGCAUAGCAAACAAAUACUAGACCUGUUCCAAUUUGAUUUACAGUUUUUUUCCUGUGUUUUUCACCAGAUUGUACUCCUAAAACUUAACAGGCUAUCACAGGCAAUUGUCUUUUGUUUACAAGAUUGAUUUAAAAUGAGAGGAUAAAAAAGUCAUCAUUAUCCUCUCUUAUGAAUAACUAUAGUCAAAAUAAGGUGGCACAAUUUAAUUGUUUUGUGUCAGAAAUACACUGACCCGCCUUUUAUUGAGUCCUGCCACAUGUUAGGUACUGUGCUCAGCUGUGGAGACAGAGCAGUGACCUCAAGGAGCUCACUGUCCCUGAAGGAGGUGCUGGAGAAGAGACUUAGUUUCUGAUACUGCCGAUUUAACCUGAGAACAUGGGGUGUACUGCAUCACUUCCAUUUUCAUCAAUAACAUAUGUUUUAUGUACCUUCUUUACCUGAAACUUACUAAGAAUCUACCAGUGAACAAACAUCCUGUCUUCUUGCAAGUAUGAAUUAGUUAACCUGUUGAUAGUUGAAGAACACUUUAGGAGUUUUGUAUUCUUGUAUAUAGUUUAUUUUUUCCAUAUGCUAGCCAGCUAAAGAUUACACAGUUCUUCAGGACUGUUAAAUUGUGCAUGGUUUUGGACCCCUUCUGCUCUACUACAGAGAGCAAAGAAGAAAGUAUUAAAGCUCACUGUACCAUUCCAUAUACUUACUAAAAGCCUGUGUAAACAUAUCUUAAUGAAUGUUGUUGAAAGCAAUGUAAAUAGUUGAACAUAUAAAUUUAUAUUACAGUUUAAGAAAAGAAAACCUUAUGAGGCAUCACUAGCCACUGUUAAUAUCUAUUUGUAUUCUUAUACCUUUUCAAUAUAUUUGAACAAAUAUAGUUUCUGGCACUAUUUUUAUACUCGGAAAAGGAGUUACUAUGUAUAUUAUGCUUAGCUUUUAAGUCAUUUUAAAUAACCAUGAAUGUUGAUUUCAUUUCUUUCCUUUCCUCCAUCAUGAGAGUCAUUUCAGAUGACUCUUUUAUGACAAAAUCACUUUAAAGGAACAACUUACCUCCGAUUCUUGUAUAAAGUCAUGAGAUGGUCAAGGUGGUUUUCCGUUGUGCAGAUUCUUCACCUGUCAGUGGUUUCCUCAUUUUGCCAUGCUUUGUAAAAAUAAAAAGAGUGAACAAGUCA